GGGCUCGGGGCGGAGCGGCGCGGGUCGGCGGCGCAGAACGGAGCCGAUGGCGGAGCAGCGCGUGUCGCGUUGGUACUUCGGGGGGAUCGCGUCGUGCGGAGCCGCGUGCUGCACCCACCCGCUCGACCUGCUCAAGGUCCACCUGCAGACACAGCAGGAGGUGAAGAUGCGGAUGAUGGGGAUGGCGCUGCGCGUGGUCCGCACCGACGGCGUCCUGGCACUGUACAACGGGCUGAGUGCGUCGCUGUGCCGCCAGAUGACGUACUCCCUGACCCGCUUCGCCAUCUAUGAGACUGCGAGGGACCACUUGGGCCGUGGCAGCCAGGGGCCUCCCCCCUUCUAUCAGAAAGUGCUGCUGGGAGCAGUGGGAGGCUUCACUGGUGGCUUCGUGGGGACCCCAGCGGACAUGGUGAACGUCAGGAUGCAGAACGAUGUCAAGCAGCCAGCCCACCUGCGGCGGAAUUAUUCCCAUGCCCUGGAUGGCAUGUACCGAGUCCUGCGGGAAGAGGGCUUGAGGAAGCUGUUCUCAGGAGCAACGAUGGCAUCCAGCCGAGGGGCCCUGGUCACCGUGGGGCAGCUCUCCUGUUAUGACCAAGCCAAGCAGCUUGUCCUCACCACCGGGCUGCUGUCGGACAACAUCUUCACGCACUUCCUGGCCAGCUUCAUUGCUGGUGGAUGUGCCACAUUCCUGUGCCAGCCCCUGGAUGUGCUGAAGACGCGCCUCAUGAACUCCCAGGGCGAGUACCGGGUGAGUGACCCCUCCUGCAGCUCCCAGCCCCUUCCUGCACUGUCUCAUCACCUCUCUCCCUCUUGCCGCAGGGUGUUGUACACUGUGCCAUGGAGACUGCCAAGCUCGGCCCACUCGCCUUCUACAAGGGCUUCGUUCCCGCUGCCAUUCGCCUCAUUCCUCACACCGUCCUUACCUUUGUCUUCCUGGAACAGCUGCGAAAAUACUUUGGGAUCAAAGUGAUCACCUGAGCAGGAGGGCCGGAUCCUGCUCCCUGGGACCGCAGAACCCCCCACCGCCCUGGGCCGGGGUUGUCCCCUCCCCACAUCCCUGCACCCGGGGUCGGCCGGUCCCAGCCCCCAUCCCUCACCUUCCUCCAUUCUCAGCACUUCUGUUACCUCUGGGACGUCCCUUGGGCCUCGUCCCCUCUGCACUGCACCUUCCCCUGCCGUGGCUGCCUCGUGCCUCUGCGUGGGCUCAGCCCGCAGCGGGAGGGGCUGCCGGGGGCUGUUUUGCUGUGCAGGGCAGCACUGCGUGCACGGGGCUCCCAGCUCCCACCUCUCCUGCGGCAGCAAGGGUGGACAUGGAGCGAGGGUGGAGGUGGGCUUAGUGUCCUCCUCUGCUGCUCCCAUGCAGCCCCCAGCUGCCCCCCACCCCCCUCUCCUGCUCAGCCAAAACUCCCCAGCGCCCAUCGGAGCUGGGCUCAUCAGGGAUUGUGCCUUAUACCAAUGAUAGAGAAAGGACCUGGUGGGGGUGGGGGGUGGGGGCAGCCGCGCUGCCUUGCUGUGAUUCUGCCGCUGCCCACAUCGCCGUCCUCAAGCCCUGCAGCAUCCGUCCUGCCCCGCUGCUCCCCGCAUUGAGGUACCCAACCCCCCCAUCCGCCUUGCAGCCCCCUCCGCCCUACUGUGCCAGCACGGGGGCUGCGGGCAUCGCCCUCUGCACGCGCGGCGCUGUGCAGGGUGGCCCCGAGGGAUCAAGGAACUGGAACAGCUGUGACCGUAAUGUAUAAUAAAUAAACAGCCGAAUAACCA